AUGGCAUUCUCUCCAUGGAAGCUGUCCUCUCAGAAACUUGGCUUUUUUCUGGUGACUUUUGGUUUCAUUUGGGGAAUGAUGCUUCUGCAUUUUACUAUUCAGCAGCAAACCCAACACGAAAGCAGUUCAGUCCUGCGUGAGCAAAUUUUGGAUCUCAGCAAAAGAUACAUCAAAGCAUUAGCCGAAGAAAAUAAAAAUGUGGUUGAUGGGCCUUAUGUUGGGACAGUGACAGCGUACGAUUUGAAGAAGACACUUGCUGUCUUGUUGGAUAAUAUCUUGCAGCGCAUUGGGAAGCUAGAGUCCAAGGUGGAAAAUCUUGUACUUAAUGGAACAGGAGCAAACUCUACCAACAAUACUAGCACUCCUGCUCCCAGCUUAGGAGCAGUGGAAAAGCUUAAUGUAGCAGAUCUCAUAAAUGGAGCCCAAGAACAGUGCGAAUUGCCUCCUAUGGAUGGUUUUCCUCACUGUGAAGGGAAAAUAAAGUGGAUGAGAGAUAUGUGGCGAUCGGAUCCCUGUUACGCAAGUUACGGUGUAGAUGGGUCCACAUGCUCCUUUUUUAUUUACCUCAGUGAGGUUGAAAAUUGGUGUCCUCGUUUACCUUGGAGAGCAAAAAAUCCUAAUGAAGAAACAGAUCAAAAAACAGUGGCUGAAAUUCGUAUCAACUUUGAUGAUCUCUACAAAAUGAUGUCAAGACACGAGGAAUUCAGGUGGAUGAUGUUACGCAUCAGACGAAUGGCUGAUACCUGGAUAGAAGCAAUUAAAUCACUUGCAGAAAAACAGAAUUUGGAGAAGAGAAAACGAAAAAAGAUUCUUGUUCAUCUGGGGCUUUUGACAAAAGAAUCUGGAUUCAAGAUUGCAGAAAAUGCGUUUAGUGGUGGCCCACUUGGUGAAUUAGUCCAGUGGAGUGAUUUAAUUACAUCUCUCUACUUACUGGGCCAUGACAUCAGGAUUUCAGCUUCACUUGCAGAGCUCAAGGAGAUUAUGAAGAAGGUUGUAGGUAACAGAUCUGGCUGCCCUACCCAGGGGGAUAAAGUUGUAGAACUCAUUUACAUUGAUAUUGUGGGACUCACUCAGUUUAAGAAAACCCUUGGUCCGUCAUGGGUACAUUACCAGUGUAUGCUAAGAGUUCUGGAUUCCUUUGGAACCGAACCAGAGUUCAACCAUGCCCAUUACGCCCAGUCUAAAGGCCACAAGACACCAUGGGGAAAGUGGAACCUUAAUCCACAGCAGUUUUAUACAAUGUUCCCUCACACUCCAGAUAACAGCUUCCUUGGAUUUGUGGUAGAGCAGCAUCUGAAUUCCAGUGACAUUAAGCACAUUAAUGACAUCAAAAGGCAGAAUCAAUCUCUCGUUUAUGGCAAAGUAGAUAAUUUCUGGAAGGAUAAGAAGGCUUACCUGGACAUCAUCCACAACUAUAUGGAAGUCCAUGGAACUGUUCACGGGACAAGCACUAUUUAUAUCCCUGGCUACGUCAAAAACCAUGGUAUACUCAGUGGGCGGGAUUUGCAGUUUCUGCUGAGAGAAACCAAACUAUUUGUUGGUCUCGGAUUUCCAUAUGAAGGGCCGGCUCCUUUAGAGGCUAUUGCGAAUGGAUGUGCUUUUCUAAAUUUAAGAUUUAACCCACCAAAAAGUAGCAAAAACACGGAAUUUUUCAAAGGCAAACCUACACUCCGAGAGUUGACAUCUCAGCAUCCCUAUGCUGAAGUUUACAUUGGGAAGCCCCAUGUCUGGACUGUAGACAUCAAUGAUCUUUCUGAAGUUGAGAAGGCUGUGAAAUCAAUUUUGAAUCAAAAGAUUGACCCUUAUUUGCCCUAUGAAUUUACAUGUGAGGGAAUGCUUCAGAGGAUGAAUGCGUUUAUUGAAAGACAGGAUUUCUGUCACGGGCAGGUGAUGUGGCCCCCAUUAAGUGCCCUUCAAGUGAAAAUUGCUGAACCAGGAAAAUCCUGUAAACAAGUUUGUCAGGAAAGCCAGCUCAUCUGUGAGCCUUCCUUCUUCCAGCAUCUUAACAAGGACAAAGCUCUGCUUAGGCAUAAUAUCGAAUGUCUCACCAUGGAGUCUGCAAAUGAUAUUCUGGUCCCCUCUUUCGAUGGAAGAAGGAAGCACUGUGUUUUCCAAGGCGACCUCUUAUUGUUCAGCUGUGCCGGAUCCCACCCAACCCACAGAAGAAUCUGCCCCUGCAGAGACUAUAUCAAGGGGCAGGUUGCGCUUUGUAAAGACUGCCUAUAG